AUGCAUCAUCCCAAAUCGGAACUAGAUUUCACAGGCUCAACUCCAUCAACACCAUAUUCUCACGUCUCAUCGUCAGCCAGCCACCACCCGGUUUAUUUUGUACAAAGCCCUUCUCGGUAUUCACACGAUGCAUCCUCCCGAAUGGCGUCCGUGCAAGCUUCUCCGGUUUAUGGAACUAGCCCGAAAGCUUCCCCGAUUUACAAUACUAGCCCCAGCGAGUCGCCUUUCCAUUCGUCGAAUCCCAGGUCUUCGUCUGCCAGCAGAUUCUCAGGGAAUUGGCGGUAUUUGAGGAUUAACAGGAAGAGGGCCAAGGGAUGGCCUGAAAUGGAAUCCAAGGUGAUCCCCGAAGACGACGACCCCUAUACGGAUCACGGCGUGAUGAUUUCUCCUUACCUACUGGCAAUCAUCGGCUCUGCUCUGGUUUUUGGUGCAGUUUGUUUGAUUUUAUGGGGUAUUAGUAGACCCUAUGCAGCUCAAAUCAGCAUCCAGCGAUUGAGGGUGUAUGAUUUCGACAUUGGGGAAGGUUCGGAUCAGACUGGUGUCCCAACCAAGUUUCUUACACUUAACUGCACGACCGUCACGUCUAUUCAUAAUCCGGCUACCUUCUAUGGGAUAUAUGUCACCUUUGAACUAAUUGAUAUAAUGUAUUUAGAAGUUACAGUCGCCACCGGCGAGUUGAAGAGUCAUUAUCAACCCAGGAAGAGUUCUCGCAACAUUGGACUAGAAAUAGAAGGAAAUAAGGUUCCCCUGUAUGGAGCAGGAGCAGUCAUGGAAGAUGGCAAAGAAGUUCCCUUGAAAUUAAAUAUGGAGAUCCAUUCCUGCGGUUAUCUGAUGGGCGGUUUGGUGAAGACAAAGCGACAUUGGCAAGUUUCCUGUUCAUUUGUCUUCAACCCUCAAGGCACAAGGGAUAUCCUAUUUCAACAGGAUUCUUGCACAUACGAUUAA